CAACAUUGCCCCCAUCCUGCUGGUCUUUCCUGCCCUUUCCCUCCCCCUAGGACCAUCGACACCUGCUGCAUGAAUCACCCCUCGGGUCAUUUUCUUCAGACACAAUUCUGGGAUACAUCACCUGCCCUUGGCUCUAACACAUCUUGGACUAUUCACGGGUUGUGGCCCGACCUAUGUACCGGAGGAUUCGAGCAAUUCUGUGAUUCCUCACGUACAGAGGAUGGAAUCCGCUCAAUUCUAUCUUCGAUCGGAGGUCCAGACUGUGAAUUGUUGGAAUUCAUGGAUUCAUAUUGGCUGGCAAUCGACGGCCAUCACGAAAACCUUUGGGCCCACGAGUGGAACAAGCACGGCACUUGUAUCUCGACUAUUGAACCCACUUGCUAUGGGGAUAAUGGUUUACCCCAUGCAGACUUGUAUGAUUAUUUUGUACAAACCACUUCACUUUUCAGGACGCUUGAUACAUUCUCCAUUCUCGCAGAGGCCGAUAUUCUCCCGUCUUCGGAACGGACGUAUGAUCUUGCGGACUUAGAAGAUGCUAUUGGAAGCUCUGCUCACGGCUUUCCAGUAACUUUCCGCUGUCGUUCGGGAGAGUUGGACGAGAUUUGGUACCAUUUCUCUGUACGAGGAGCACUACGGAAUUCCAGAAGCGCCUUUCCUUCGGGCGGUAUCCCAUUAUCCCCGUCCCCGUUUUUGGAUGCAAGCACAAUCCGAGAACACUUCAUUCCAACCAACCCUGACGGCGCCAAGUCGAACUGUCCUGCCAAUGGAAUACGAUAUCUGCCCAAGCAUUCCUCUAAGUCACCUCAACCGCCCCCAACGAGACCCAGUCAUAUUACAAGCUCAACGAACCCUUCAGCUACAAGUACUCCAUUUACCGGCAAAGGCCAUCUAGAGGUCCAUGUUGUGGGAGGCUCUGCUACCCCAGAAGUCUCCGAAAGGAAAGGCUGCUUAAUUAGGAGUGGACAAUGGUAUACAUCCGGUACCUGUGCGGUCUAUCUCGCACAGUCAGAUGUCAUCGACCCAGGCCACCACCCACUCUUUUCCCUGUCAUCGUCCUUUUCACCCUGUUCUGUCAAUCCCUCUACUCACAAAUUUGAAUGUACCAAGUCAUCUGUUAUUCAAGGAAUCUUUUCCUCUGACUAUAGCGACCGCACAGUACUCAGUUACAGGAAUAGCAGCAGGUUCUUCGCUGAAGCCAUGCCCGCCAGAUUUGAAAAGGUAGAUGUCUUUGCAAAUGACGAUGGCGGGAGUAGGCAGGUUGAGCUCGAAAUCCAAUGGGUGCCUUUCUAA